AUGCCUCUUCCUGAAUCCAUCUCUCGUCUUCAAGAAACCGUGGAAAAGCUGGUCGUCCCAGGGCAUUGCUCGGGAACCUACCCACUGCAAGCUGGUAAAGCUGGUCUCUUUUACUUCGCUGAUAACGACCAUACCGCUGUUGGAGGACUCGACUUUGCAUCCCCCAACGGUGUUCCCGACACCCGACUCGAAGAUCUGGUGAAGGCCUGCGAGCCUGCCAAGUUUGGGCUGGGUGACCGGGACGUUCUCGACGAGACAUAUCGCAAGGCUUGGAAGCUCGACGCUUCCAAACUUGCCACCCAGUUCGACGUUGUUCGCUCGGGUAUUUUGACCACCGUCCACGAUGCCUUGCUUCAGUACGAGUCCAGCACCCUCCUAUUGGAGGCUCACGUUGACAAACUAAACGUAUAUGGCCCCGGGUCCUUCUUCAAGCCCCAUGUCGAUACCCCUCGCGACCCCAACAUGCUCGGCACUCUUGUCAUCGUUUUCCCCACCGAGCAUAGAGGCGGCGAUCUUCUCUUGACGACCAAAGCUGGCCCAUGGACCUUCGACUCCUCCAAUCUCGUGUCAAAAGAGCAAUCCGAGGUGCAUCGGCUAGCUUUCGUGGCCUUCUACAGUGACAUCGAACACGAAGUUACCCUCGUCGAGUCUGGGUAUCGAGUCACCCUCACCUACAACCUUUACACGCGGAAACCCAUGUCCCCGCUCGACCCCUCGAUCUCCAUCCGCGUCUCCCCGGAGGAACAGCAGAUCCAAAAUGCCCUACGCACUCUUCUCGCCGAUGAGACGUUCCUGCCCGACGGAGGUGCCUUCGGCUUCGGCCUCACCCACAAGUAUCCCCUCACCAACGAACAUUAUUUGAGCCAGUUCAAUUGGCUCAAGAACUUCUCCGAGUUCGAGGGAUGUCUUAAGGGCAGCGACUCCCUGGUGGAACGUGCAUGCAAAGCUCUUGGUUUGAGCGUCAAAGUCCAGGCCCUUUUCCGCAACAUCGGUACCUCGAUGGUUGAAGUCAGGCAGGACUUCAGCCAAAUCAUCGACGGUCCAAAGGCAAAUGCGCGUGCGAUGUUCCUCACCAACUCAACCUCAGUUCAUCCCAUCAACUGGAAUGUCGACUUGGAAAUGGGAGAGUGGAGCAGUCGACUCGGUAAGGGGGUGGGUGGCGCCAGGGUCAAGCCCUUCGACCUCGACCCGAGCGAGCUUAGAACGCGCGACAAACCUGUUCUCUGGAUCACCAAGCCUCGAUCAUUGUUGACCACCAGAUUGCCUUAUCUCGCCUUUGGGAAUGAGGCAGCACUGGGCUUCAGCUACGGCACUCUUGUCUUGAUUGUUGAUCCUACUGUCAUCACGCAAUAA